UACGAAACACAAAUGUAAUCUCGUGGUGGUCAUAGCACAUAAUGUGCGAACAGAAACAUCCACACAAGUUGAAGUAGUGCCACGAAACUGUUUAUAGAUAACUUUUAAGUUCGAUUUAUAAUGACGAAAGACCGACUUGCAGCGUUGAAAGCGACUCAAGGGGAUGAUGAUGUUUCUGUCUCAGUUGAUGACACUAGGGGUGGAGGUUACAUGGAUGAAUUUUUUCAAGAGGUUGAAGAAAUCCGUGAAAGCAUUGAGAAAAUCCAGGCUAAUGUUGAAGAGGUCAAGAAAAAACACAGUGCCAUUCUCUCUGCUCCACAGACAGAUGGAAGGGUCAAGCAAGAAUUGGAAGAUUUAAUGGCAGACAUAAAAAAGGCUGCCAACAAAGUUCGCACUAAAUUAAAAGUGAUGGAACAAAACAUUGAUCAGCAAGAACAAACUAGCAUGAUGUCAGCAGAUUUUAGGAUAUGCAAAACACAGCAUUCUAUGCUAUCCCAAAAGUUUGUGGAGGUGAUGACAGACUACAAUAAGACACAAACAGACUACAGAGAGAGAUGCAAGGCACGAAUUCAACGGCAGUUAGAAAUUACGGGUAAAGUGACAACUAAUGAAGAACUAGAAGAUAUGCUGGAAAGUGGGAAUCCUACAAUAUUUACACAGGGAAUCAUCAUGGAGACACAGCAAGCUAAACAAACAUUAGCUGACAUUGAGGCUCGUCACAACGAUAUCAUUAAACUAGAAAACAGUAUCCGAGAAUUACAUGAUAUGUUUAUGGAUAUGGCUAUGUUAGUUGAAAGUCAGGGUGAAUUGAUUGAUAGAAUUGAAUAUCAAGUAGAACAUGCAAAAGAUUAUAUUGAAGCUGCCAAACAAGACACAAAAAAGGCUCUUGUAUACCAGAGCAAAGCAAGAAGGAAAACAUUCUGUAUAGUUAUCCUGGUCAUAGUAUUGGUUGGAGUAUUAGGCCUCAUUAUUGCCUUUUCCACUGGAAUCAUUCCUUAGUGGUUUGUUUUUUAGUUUGAAGAAAAAUUUGCUCGGAUUUAUCACACACAUUAUUCUUAUGUUUUCACUGCUUCUCGCCACUAUAAACAGUAUACCAACAAUGUUCUAUAUCUCAUAGUACAUAUAUAAAAUGACCUAUUCACACUUGCUUUUUAAAAUCACUAACUAGUCUGCACAUACUAAUUUUUUAUACAUUUACAUUUAUAAGAACUUCCUGCUUAUGAAGAAUAAAGUAGUCCAUAAAGUUUGAGUAUCAACACUGUUGUUUUUCUGUUUUUUUUUCACAUAAUUCAAUGUACAAGCACUUUGAAAUAAUUUGAUUGUGAUUUAUGCAUUUAAAAGGUUUUGCUUCACUUCACAUAUUAUGUUUGUACUACAACUUAUUAUUUGUUUGAACUGAAUAAAAACAGUUCCCUUUUAGUAGAAGUAAAAGGAAAUUAAGUUAAUAAUUCAUAGGUAACAUUAAGUACUCUUCUAAAGAAAAUGUAUGUACACAUUGUUUGUUGUUACAUCUUUCUGUUGUAAACAUAAUUUUAUAUUUCUUCCGGUAAUUGAAUUGUAAGACCUUUGAAAUGAGAAUACAUAUAAUGAGAAAAGUCCAUUGAAAAUGUUUUAAUUUAUAAAACACCUGCUUGGAAGACAGGUUUAAGUGCCUUAUUUACAUUUUUACAUUAAAAAGGAAUAUCUUGUUUUAAAGAAUCUUUCUUUAACUAACUGACUACACUUUGUAGGUGGAUAAUGAAUGAAACCAAGUAUAUAUAUAUAUAUAUAUAUGUAUAUAUAUAAUGGGUAGUUCCAUUUG